AUAUUAGAAUGUGUUUCAUGUAUGAGUUAAAAAUUAUGUAAAAUCUAUAAUUUCUUUGUUAAUAUAUUGUAACGAAUCGGCCGCUGCGGUCUUCAGAUUGUCAACAAGACGCGAAGUUCGGGCGGGCGGCUUGAAAACCGAGGACGACGUUACAGUUAGAAAACUCCACUAAACUUACCAGUUUGCCUCACUAAACGUGAUUUUAUCUAUUAAAACUAAAUAUGUUACCCUAUUGCUGGCCUUAUAUUACCUAAUGUUAACACAUUAACGGGAUAUGUGCUGUCUAAGAAGCUAAACGUGUCGCUAAAGAAACCACGUUAGAUAGUGUAACUCGAGCGUGUUACCAACUAUGGAUCGGCCUGCAAGGAAGUCGAAGGUUAUCAACUACUGCGACCUGGAUGACGAUGAGGACUUUGCAAGUUCAAAGCCGCCUGCCAGCAAGAAACCAAGAGAGGAAAUUAAACCGGUGCUCAAGAAACCCUUGAGCAAGUCCUCCAGUCAGGAUUUACAUCCACAACCCUCAGCCAACCACAGUAACAGGAAGCAGCCGGAUCAGAAGCUGUAUGAGCGAGACCUGGAGGCAGCGCUCACCCUGUCUCUGCUCCACGGUACCAAAGACUGCCACGUGGACCUGUCCCCCACCACGAGUCUGACCCCCACCCUCCACACAGAGCAGUACCCCACCAUGGGUCUGUCCCCCACCGCGGACUUGUCCCCCACCACAGCUGAGGAUGGACGACGAGGAGAGGAGAGAGAAGAUCCUUCCCCUCUGCUGUUCUCUAACUGCAGCGUAAACGGGAACCUGAUGGGUUUGGACAACAUCCAGGCAGAGCGAGGGUCUUCCAAGGUCAAGUCCUCCCCCAGGACCGGUGAGCCCCCACGGGGUCAGAACCCAGACCAGGACCCAGACGAGGACUACAAGCCCAGACUCACACCAGAAUCGGAAAGUGACGACAACUCGAGCGGAGUGGCGGAGAGUGAGGAUGAGGAGUUCACCGUGAGGAAGGUCAUCAAGAAAAGCCAGAAGGAGACCAAGAAGAUGGAGAAGAAGACGAAGACUCCUCCUCCUCGUCCUCCUCCCCAGACCUCCUCUAAGAGGGACAAGCUGACCUCCAAAGCAGCUAAAGCCAAACCACCAGCGACAGCUUCCACACCAGUCAGGGCCGCCACCUCCACGCCCCUCAGAACCCCUCCCUCGGUCAAUCAGGGGUCAGGAUCCAGAAGGCCGCCACCCCCCUCUGCCGCCUCUCCUCCCUGUGUGCCUGCUGCCAGCCCAGCAGGGGGCAGCAGAGUCUCCAAGUGGAAUCCUCCAGGUCAGCUGGGCAGCAGCCCCUCCCCCUCCCAGGGCUCUGCGCUGAGGUCCCCCGCUGGGGGGGGGCUGAGACUGGGGCUGUCCCGCAGGGUCCGGGUCAAACCCCUGCACCCCAGUGUGGCCAGUCACUGACACACACACACACACACACACACACACACACACACACACACACACACACACACACACACACACACACACACACACACACACACACACACACACACACACACACACACACACACCUCUCUAAGUCCUCUUCGUUGUCUGUUAAUGACUUUUGUAAAAUGUUAAAUUUUAUUAGAAUUGACCUCUCGUUCUGCUCAUUUCGUUUUUAUUAUUAAAUAUUUCCAUCAAAGUAUACAA